AUGUGUGAGAGAAAGAUUGGUUCUGCCAUGGUUUCGCUUCUUCUUCUUCCUCUUCUUCUUCAUCUUCUUGUUCUUGAUUUACAGCACCACCGCUUUCCGGCUUUUUACGGCGGCAGGAUGAAGCUCCACAACUCCCGUCGCCGCUUCCGGUCCCUUUGUGGCCUGUUAGUGAUUCUUUUGCCCGCCUUGUUCACUUCUCUUUUCGCUCAAUUUUGGUUAUGCAUCGCCUUCGGUUCUUUCGGAUUCAAGUGUUCCAAAGUUGAGGCACUCACGUUUACUCAAGAGUGCAUUACAACACCAAACUUUGAAUGA